GUGAAAGGUAGGCGACCACAAUACAGUACCGGUGUGGUCUACGAAGACGUCGUUUAAGAACUUCUAGCUAUAGUUUUGCAGCUGUAUGAAACAUUUCAAGCUUGUAGAAUAACACCCUACAAGUCAAAAGAAGAAAGCAUCAGCUGUAGAUCCUACUUCGUUCUCUCAGGCAUUGAUGGUCCUUUCGUGAGCAGAACACAGGAUGCCCUACCACUGUGUGGCCUAUGGAUGCGGCAAAACUUCAGAAGAUGGAGUGACACUGUUUAAAUUCCCCAAGGAUCCUGAGGAGUUUUGCAAAUGGGAGAAGCAAGUGCAGCGCACCCGCAGACAGUGGGUCGCCACGCCCAACUCUCACCUCUGCAGUGAUCAUUUUGGCAGGGAGUACUUUGAGCCCAGACCAUCGACAUGUGUUCUGAAGCUGAGGCCAGGAGCUGCUCCUACUGUGUUUGUCCGUCCGCACUGUUCCUCCUGCAGCGGAAUGGGCUGUAGUAAGUGCCUGCCUGCUAUCCAACGGCGGGGCAUUACAGCUGAACCAAGACAGUGUACCACAAGUGAAGAAUGCAAUGAAAUGGUGCCUAUUCAUUUAAGUGAUACUGAUGGAGAAGGUGACAAAGAACAUCCGACAGGCAGAGGGGUGAAGUUAGGAGAAAAGAACAGAGAUGAACAACCAGUGGUGUGUGAGAUGUGUGGUACCACCGGCAAUAUCAGCAGCUUCUUUUCAAAAACCAAGCGCUUCUGCAGUACAUCCUGUUCACGGUCCUAUUCAUCAAACUCCAAGAAGACUUCCAUACUGGCACGUCUGCAGGGAAAGCUCCCCACGAAAAAAGCCACAGUGCUGAACAAGGUGAACAAAGCCCCUCCAGCCCCACCGCGACUGCAUGGAAAUGCUGCAGGUUUUGACUGGGGUGCCUAUUUGGAGAAGGAAACAUCUCUGGCUGCGUCAGUGUCCUGCUUCAGACAUGCUCCUAUGUGUGCCUAUUGGGACGACAUCACCAUCGGGAUGAAGGUGGAGGUCCUGAACAAAAACGCAGUCCUGCCCACUAAAGUCUACUGGAUCGCGACUGUCAUCCAGAUUGCAGGAUACAAAGCCUUGUUGAGAUAUGAAGGCUUUGAGCACGACAACAGCCAUGACUUCUGGUGCAGCCUCGUUUCGGGAGAGUUGAAUCCGAUUGGAUGGUGCGCUAUGACGAGCAAGCUGCUGGUGCCACCACAAGAUGUGAAGCAGAACAUCCCAGAUUGGAAAGAGUAUCUGAUGAAAAAGCUGGUGGGGGGCAACACGCUACCUGUUGACUUCUACCUGAAGCUGGCAGAGAGCAUGAGGCCCUCUUUCAGAUUAGGUAUGUGUGUGGAGGUGGUAGACCCCAAACACGUGAGUCGCACCCGCUUGGCCAUCAUAGACUCCAUUAUUGGUGGCCGCCUGCGCCUGGUGUACUCCGACCAAAGUGACGCCCCUGAAAAUAUUACCUCUGACUUCUGGUGCCACAUGUGGAGCCCCCUCCUGCACCCGGUUGGCUGGUCCAGCAAAGUGGGUCAUGCCAUUAAAGCACCCGUAAAAAGUGUGGAAGCUGCUGUCAGCGGUUCGAGGGGUAACUCUGACAGUGCAUCCCUGCUCUUUAAAAGGCCCAGGUUCGUCUACAUGGAGGGAGGUUUCUUUGAGGAAGGAAUGAAGCUGGAGGCCAUUGACCCUCUUAACCUGGGAAGUAUCUGUGUGGCCACUGUACACAAGGUGCUGUUAGAUGGCUACCUGAUGGUGGGAAUUGAUGGAACCAUAUCAAACAACGGCUCUGACUGGUUUUGCUACCACGCCUCAUCUCAUGCCAUCCUUCCUGUGGACUUCUGUAAAAAGAACAACAUCCCUCUCACAGUACCUCAAGGUUAUGACUCUCAGACCUUCACCUGGGACAAAUACCUGAAGGACACCAAAGCUAAAGCUGCACCGGCACAACUGUUCAACACUGACUACCCGGGUCACAGCUUCUUCCCCCACAUGAAGCUGGAGGCGGUGGACUUGAUGGAGCCGCGCCUGGUGUGCGUGGCCACCGUGAAGCGCUGCGUGGGCCGACUGCUGCUCAUCCACUUCGACGGCUGGGAGGAUGAGUUCGACCAGUGGAUCAACCACGAGUCCCCAGACAUCUACCCCGUCGGCUGGUGUGAGCUCAUGGGCUACCAGCUGCAGCCGCCCCCUGGACCUGUUAAUGUCAUUGAAAACCAGGCAGCACAGAUCAAGAAAUGCAAGCCCUUUGCAUAUGGGAAAAGGAAAAAGAGGCAUGCAAAGAAGAGGCUCUCUCAGGACCAAGCUAAAGAUGAUGAUGGCCAGCAGCCUGAGGUCAAUGACACUGACGGUCCUACAGGGCUCCAAGACCUCAGUCCUCCACCAAAAGUACCUGUCAUCCAGCCCAAGCCUGAGCCAGAGGAGCAGGAAAUCUUUGCAGUGCAGGUGAAAGUGGAGGAGGUGGAGAUGGAGGCCCCCAUUAAUCCUCCAGAUGACUUCCGACAAGGUUCUCUUGGUAUAAUCAAACAGGAGGCAGUAGUGGAGCAGAGUAAGUCAGGACUACAGCGGAUGCCAGAGAAGAGCAGCUUGGAAAACGUAGCACAGGAAAAGAUGAAGCAGAGGGAAACUGCAGCAGGAAGGAGUGAAGUGGGAUCUUUGGAGGAGAGCUUUAGCAGCGAAAGCAACACGGAGCAGAGUGAAAACAAAAGCAGUGGUGAAGAGAAGAGUCAAAAACUGGACCAAGAGAGCCACGACGAUGGCGGCACCAUGGAAGGGAUUUCAGAGAGCAAUACAGAGCAGGACACAACAGGAGAGGCUGCAGGAAUGGACAUAUGAGACAAGGACGAAUGAAGAGGAGACCUGCAGAAAAGGUGGAUGAGCAAAGAGACUGGGGUGACUCUGCAAUGCAGGAAAAUAAAGCCAGUGUGGUGAAGAAGAAACUGAAAGAAAGCCAGCUGAAAAUUGACAAAAUGAGACACACAAAAGCAUGCUGGGAUAUUUAGAGACAGUAAAAAAGGUACAACAUCAGUCGGGAGAGCCAGUGCAAUGUUUAAUCUCUGGUGGCUUAAAGUUCUGAUCCUUAAGAUUUCAGUCCUGGUUGAUUUGGUGACACGUUUGGUAACAGCGAGUGUGUGGGCUGCAGAAUUUUGGGGGCAACCAAACAAAGAGUUUUAAUCCAGCUGUGGAGGACUGAACAGUAAACAAGAUAAAAAUUACAAACUGUAAUGUUUCCAUCUCUUGGGUUUAGAUUGACAAUUUGAAUCCAGAGCAGGAAUGGUGGACUACCAAUAAAAAGUGCUAUACAGAGAAGGAAUUAUAGAAUGUAAAUACUUAAAUAGCUAUUGCUGAAGAAAGACACUGUCCAUACAUAGGUCAUGACUUAAAGGUACACUAUACAAGACAAUAUGUAGACUGUAAAAUACAAAAGUAAUCCCUCUCAUGUAUCACUUAUGACGUACUAGCAGUGUUUACCUGCAGAGACCCUGCCUGUAUUUUCUUAUUUUCUUUUUAUUUUGUUGCAUCGCAGCUUCAAGCCCAUAACAGCACGCAGGUGAGGUUGGGACGUAAUAGAAAGGUAUCAACCAGGUGCCAGACUGUAAGCAGCCUGCAUCCAAGAGGAAGCGAAGCAACUUGUGGACACAGCAAUGAAAACUUACAAACAGUAACCGACAACGUCUGCGUAGUAUACCUUUAAAAUACUUCAUGUACCUUAACUCAUAACUGAAUAUGGACUAAUGUAGCCUGUUUCAAAACUACCUCUCUUUCUCCAUGUUGGUAAAUUCCACUACACGGUGAUAUUUGUGCAGAAUUGAUCGUUUCAGCUUCUUUUGUUUCAGUUUAGUUUGACUCGUGAGUCUGAUGUCUAUUUUUCAUGUUUUAUGUCCAAAUUUGUUGUUUUUUGUACAUGUGAUAAAAAAAGAUAUUGUUCCUCAA